AGGUUACAAAUCGCGUCAAACACUCUCAUGUGUGGUCACUUAGAUUAGUUUGUAAAAUCUGUGUUGUGUAAGCUUGCCUCCCCAAUAAGGUUCCUUUAUUGCCUUGUGCCAAAUUAAUGGUUUAACUUCAGUGAUGGUGAGCAAAUGUUGAAAGUGUUUCACAGAAAAACCAUGAUGCAAACUUUGUGAGUAAUUCAUUUGUAGCUUUAACAGUUCUGCAGUCAUUCAUCUCAUUUCUAUCACGCCUCCCCUGAACUUACUUUGAAAAAUCUAUUUGAACUUUUUGUCCAACCAGAAGCUGCCUUUGUUGUAUGCAGGAUGUUUAUGUUUAGAGGUAUAUGUUCUCAGUUCCCUCCCUUUAUCCCCCCAGCACACACACACACACACACACACACACACACACACACACACACACACGCACACACACUUUCACUCUUUCUCAUUUACCCAUUUACCUUCAUUUAUUAUCUACGCCCUCCGAGUGACAAAGAAAAGCGCGUCUUUCAAAAUGAUUACAAAGCUAGACAGUGCGCUUUUGCCUCGAAAAAAGUUCAUCUUCCAUUACAAGAAUGUGCGCUGGGCAAGGGGUCGACAUGAGACAUACCUUUGCUUUGUAGUAAAGAGGCGAGUGGGACCAGACACCUUAACGUUUGACUUUGGACACCUCCGCAAUCGCAGUGGCUGUCAUGUAGAGCUGCUGUUCCUACGCUACCUGGGAGCCCUGUGCCCUGGUUUGUGGGGCUAUGGAAGUACUGGUCAAAAGAGGCUCAGCUACUCGGUCACCUGGUUCUGCUCCUGGUCUCCCUGUGCCGACUGCUCCUUCAGGCUGAGCCAGUUCCUCAACAGGACGCCAAACCUUCGGCUCAGGAUCUUCGUUUCUCGCCUUUACUUCUGUGACAUGGAGAACAGCCGUGAAAGAGAGGGCCUUAGAAUGCUGAAGAAUGCUGGCGCGCAUAUAACAGUUAUGAGUUACAAAGACUUUUUCUAUUGCUGGCAGACUUUUGUAGCUCGUAAAGAGAGCAACUUCAAAGCCUGGGAUGAGCUGCACCGAAACUCUGUUCGCCUUUCCAGAAAACUCCACCGCAUCCUCCAGCCCUGUGAAACAGAAGAUUUAAGAGAUGCCUUCAAGCUUCUCGGACUGUGAAGCAUAUAUAUAUGACCUCCUCUGGUGUUGCCAUCGAGUCUAUCAUUAAGUCUGUAAAGAAAAAUACAUGUCGGUGUUUGUUCAUCACUACAACUGCUAAACUGAGAAUGAGAAAAACUGAGAAAAAAAAUUGAAGUUGUGGCAAGGCUUUUGGCAUUAGAUAGCAUUAACUGCUGCUUGCUGUUUCUGUAUUAAUAUGUCCAUGUGAAACAAAAUAAAAUAAU